AUGGCUUCUCAACAGAAUGGCGAAGCCUAUGAGCAGGAGAAUGUGCACGAGGUGUACCAGCAGAUUGCCCAGCAUUUCUCCGCGACCCGAUACAAGCCUUGGCCGAUAGUCGAGCGUUUCCUCACGGAAUUAUCGCCCGGUGCCGUGGGAUUAGACGUAGGCUGUGGGAACGGCAAGAAUUUAAUGGUCAAUCGAGAUGUCUUUAUCGUUGCUUCAGAUAGAUCUGAAAACCUGGCUCGGAUUGCCCUGCAGCACCAGCCGCAUUCGACCGUAGUGGCCGAUAUUCUAGAGCUCCCGCACCAGGACGCAAGAUUUGAUUUUGCCAUUUCCAUUGCGGUGGUGCACCAUCUGUCCACUCCGGCUCGGCGAAUUCAAGCCGUGGCCGAGAUCCUGCGCACAGUGAAGCCGGCUUCACCGACGCACGAGGGGGGCAAGGUCCUGGUCUACGCCUGGGCGCUCGAGCAAAAGAACAGCCGCCGAGGCUGGGACAAGGGCGAUGAACAGGAUCGGAUGGUCCCCUGGGUGCGCAAGGGAGACCAACCCCAGACCUUCCACCGCUACUACCACCUCUAUGAGGAAGGGGAGCUGGAGCGGGACAUUGAGAACGCGGGCGGUCGAGUGCUGGAGUCCGGGUACGAGAAGGAUAACUGGUGGGCGAUCGCGACACCCCAGACGGGUCAGGCUUGA